CAAACAUCUGAUAACUUAAACCCUGUAAGAAGACGGAGAGAGACUUCGUUGUGAAACCAGUCAUGGAUUCCAGAUGCAUGGAAAUAGCUGCCCUGGGAAGACCUCUGUAUCCUGGCAUGUUGUAUGAUUGCCGGAACGACUCCUUUAUCCCAGGUGUUACUUUAUGGGAUAAGAAAGCCUUGAGUGAUGACCUUGAUGUGCAUCAGAAGCCUAAAUCACAUCUGAAAUUUGCAGCCUCUGAUAGUCUCAGUGAUAAGGCAAACCUUCUAGACAUAAGUGCUUCCCUUAAAGCCAGUUUCCUAAGUGGAUUGGUGGAGGUUGGAGGAUCGGCCAAGUACCUGCAAGAUACAAGAUCAUCAGCACAUCAGUCUAGAGUUACUAUGCAGUACAGCCAGACAACAACAUUUGAACAGUUCACUAUGAAGGAGCUCGGUAAUAUCACCUACCCACAAGUAUUUGACCAGAAAACAGCCACUCAUGUAGUUACAGCUGUACUGUAUGGAGCUCAGGUUUUCAUGGUGUUUGAUUAUACAAGUGCAGAAAAUGAGAACAAACAGGAAAUUGAAGGAAACCUUCGUGCAGUGGUCAAGAAGAUUCCUUCCCUUUCCAUUGAGGGGCAAGCAUCGCUUAACAUGACUGAAGAUGAAAAAAAUAUGGCUGAGAAUAUUAGUGUCACAUUUUAUGGUGACAUUAAACUUGAAGAAAACCCCACCACAUAUAAGGAUGCCCUGGAAGUGUACAAGAAGGUGCCUGAUCUGAUGAAGCAACAAGGUAAAGGUGUGCCUCUGACAGUGUGGCUGUAUCCUCUCUAUCUUUUGGAUGAUAAGGCUGCAAAGUUGGUGAGAGAAAUCAAUUUGAGCCUGUUGUGUGAAACAGAAAGUUUGUUGGAGGAACUCUGUAAAAAGGAGAGACUAUGCAAUGAUUUGAUCAAAAGACAAAUAACAGAUGAUUUCCCUGAUCUAAAAGACAGGUUGCUAAAGUUUCAGGCAUUACACAGAAAUUAUAUAAGUUUGUUAAAGAAGGCACUAUGCAGAGUGCUGCCAGCUAUUCGUGAUGGUACACAAGAGGACAAGACACUGGGGGACAUCCUGAGCAUCCAUGACAAAUCACCCUUCAAUGUUAACAUCAUGAACAAAUGGUUAGAUGACAUUACAACUGAAUUAAAUAUUCUGAGCUCCUAUACAGUUGGGUUGAAGGACAUCACAGUUGUGAAAUCAUCAGGGUCACUCAAUUCUAUCUGCCUUCAUCCUGAUGUUGAUGUGGUGGUAUGUUUGUCAUUUACAUCUCCAAAGCAUGAUGACUCCUACCUAGCAGCUCUACAGGACUUUAACAAAUCUGAAGAAUUUAAAAUGUUGGGGCAAACAAGUGAGAGAGAUUCCAUUCUCCAAGCAGCACAGCCUUGGUUCACUUCUCCUGGCAUUCCUGCAAGGAUGAAGCAGAAUCUUUCUCUCUUUACUUCAUUUUUAAAGGCCAAUAAAAAUGAGAAGAGAAUCAAAUUCAUCAUUGCCUCCAUAUCUGAUCCCAGCAAUCCAGGAUCCUCAAUCCAACUUUAUCAGAAUGGCUCUCUGACAGAUCCUAAGUUCCAGCCUGUAUCCAUCUCUGUCCCCUUCACCUUUCAUUGGCAGCUCACUGUAGACCAAUGGAACUUCUCCAUGCCUUCUCUCAUUACUGAACUCAGGACUGAAAUAAUGACCACUAUCGGCAUGUCACGAUGGUCUUCAUCUACUAUCAAGUCAGAGGUUACAAAUAUUGUCAACAAUCCUACCCUUCUUUACACUGAGAAAAUCCCUGGAGGGCUGAGAGAAGGAAAGGCUUUUUACUUCCAAGGGGUUGUUUUUUCAAACAGUAAAUCGUUUACACUGGAUUUUGAAACCAAUGAGAGCGACAUCGCUUUUCACUUUAGGCCCUGGUUCAAUAAAUAUAUUUGCUGCAACAGUUUUGUGAAUAAAAACUGGCAGACUGAAGAACAUGUACAGUGUAACUUUUCCAAAGGAUCGGCAUUUGACAUUUUUGUUGUGAUCAAAACAGCAGGCUAUGAGGUGUAUGUAAAUGGACAGAAGUCUCUCCUGUUCAAUCAUCGCAUACCAAUGGCCAAAGUGAAUGUAGUUAUGAUUCAUGGAGAUGUCAAAAUGAACAUUGUUGGUAUUGUUGCAAACUGGAGCAAAUCUACGUUUGGUAAGGAACUAAACACUGGCAUCUCACGCACCAAGCUUUCAGACAUCCAGUCUAAUGUCCCACAUCCAGUCUGCAACCCUAGCAAGCCAUAUUUGAGAUCAAUCCCUGGAGGCUUGAGACCUGGUCUGGCUUUGUUCUUCCAAGGGGUUGUUCCAUCAGAUUGUAAACGCUUUGAAAUAAAUUUGAAGACCGGCCUGUCUGACCAAGAUGACAUCGCUUUCCACUUCAACCCCCGUAUGUCCUCUGUGGUCCUUAAUAGCCGCAGGAAUGGGACAUGGGACAAGAAUUUGGUGGAGACACCAGGUGGCCCAUUUGUCUGUGGAGCAGUUUUUGAUAUCAUCGUGGUUAUUAAACCAGAAUGCUAUGAGGUGAUGGUAAAUGGCCAGGUGUCCUACACGUUCGAGCACCGUAUACCGGUGGACAAAGUGACUACACUUAACAUUGAUGGAGACGUCUUCAUGAACAGCUUUGCCCUUACUGAAGUGGAUGUGAAAGUCACCGUCACCAAUCCUGACAAUAUCUGAGACUUUGCAACUGCUCCAUAAUCUCUGCCUGUUUUUUAUUUUUUUUUAUUUUUAUAUUCUGUAUACAGUAUCAAAAGAAUAACACAGUUUGUGGACAUGGUAUGUCUAAUUUUAUUAAUCAGACUUUUUUCCCUACUGAGCAUUCUUAUGUGAUUUUUCUUGCUUAUUAUUGUUAGAAACAAUUUCUAUAUAUUAUUUGUUAUACUUAUUAUACCUUUGUUACAGUAAAUGAUACAGGUCAUUUGUAUUAGCUGUCUAGAUAAAGACAUCCUUGAAGCAUUAAUUAGCAUUAGCACAUUAGAGCAAUUAGUUCAUGGAUAACAUACUGUACAGAAAAUUUGUAGGAUUUCUGUUUCAAAUGAUGAGAUGUGUACUCUGUCAAAAGACAUAUCCUUUUAAAUAGAUCCAUUUUACAUUAAAGAGGAACCGACAACUUAAAUAUGAAACUCUGUCCACUUCCACCUUGUAUUUGGUGUUAGAAUGGAGGGAUUAUUUUUGUUUUAUUAUUAUAAGAACAAUUAACUAGUAAACUAGUUGUUCUAAUAGCUAAUUCUCAACUAAAUUUGCUAAACCUCUGUUUAACUGAAUUUAUGUUUAUAGUCUCUUAAAUACUGAUGUAAUUCCUUAUAUCACCUGUAGAGAGCGCUCAUUGCUCAUUUCUAAAAGCAUGAUCCACGUGCAGUAUUGUAAAGAACAACUGUUUUGACUAAUUAUACCUCUUACCCAAAUGUAUUAUGGUGUGUUUUAUGAAUUGCUUGCUUUGUUAUUACAAAUUGAUAAACUAUUUACUUCUUCAUUAAAGCAUUUCAACAAUGUACUGAUUAUAAGUAUAAUAAUUCUAAUCACCACUGCACUAGUCAGUAAAACACCCUUUUUAAAGUGCACCAUUUGAUUAAUGUGUAGCUUUGUUGUGCAUUUAGAAAAUCAUGACAUGACUUAAGGAACAGGGGCAAAUAAAUCAGCAUGUGCUUUAAUUAUUUGUUUUUUUUUUUUCUUUAUUUCAUGGCUCAAAAUAAAUUAAUCAUGUGUCAAAUAAAAAA